AUGCCACAGUGUCCAGUGACACGAAUUGGACAUUCUAUAGACCAUUACAACCUCUUAGUGCAGAGUUAUAACGAAGAAAUCAAUGAAACGUCUGACGAAUUAUCUGAAGAAUCUAAUUAUCUCACAACUCUAAACAAAAUCGAUGUUGCCCAACUAAGUUCAGUGAUUAGGGGUACGUGGGAGAAUAAAUAUGGCGAGAAGAUGAUGAAUAAGUGGCCCAAUUUAUGCACUGAACACAUAAAGCUUGAUUAUUCCAAAAGUCGUUUUAACAAUCCGUUUAUUGAAGAAUGUACCACGAUUAUCAAUACACAUACCAACAAUUUAGAUCAUCACCUUAAAUAUAUGAAGUUGGAUUACAUAAUCAUGUAUGGAGGCAUAAUCUUUGAUACUAAUAAUACAUCAAUUUCUUCUCCAAUAUAUCAAAAUGGUGGUGUAUCGCAAACAUCCGUCGACACAUUUCUUAAAGCAUCAAAUUGGACUGCUUGUGACCAAUUAUUCUUCUGUUCGUUACAAAACUAUAGGCAAAGCUGGCAAGCACUGGAAUUCGAACACGGUCUUAAUGCUAGAGCCUUCCACAGCACAUGCGUUAUAUACGCUCUUCGGGGUAUCCCCCUAAUCUUUUUAUUUGGCGGACUUAUUGCGAAGGAUAAAUUUGCUGAUAAUAAGUUAUACUAUAUGCAGCUUUUCAAUGACCCUAAAUCUUUUACUAAGUGGUCUGAAUUGCACACAGAUAACCCGAAGCCAUCGCCAAGAUACGGUCACACCCUUAGGUGCGUUACCCAUUAUUUGGUCUUAUUCGGUGGUAUUGCAAAUAAUGAAUUAUGCAAUGAUGUGUGGAUAUUGAAUCUUAGGAAUAUCAGCUUGAGAAAUAACAAAUGGGAGAAGAUAUAUUUCCCUGGCCUAACUCCUGCUCCAAGAUCUUUCCAUUCUGCCAUUUCAGUGGGGAAAACAAAGUAUUCUAUGUUGAUAUAUGGUGGGAUAACUAAGUUAAUGAACAAAAAUCGGAUUUACGCCCUGUGUAUUACGAUGGAUGGAAAGUGGAUUUGGAAGAUCUUCCCCCUCAUAGUCAAGUUUACCCAUGAUAUUCGCGCUUUUCACACUAUGCACGUUAUAGAUAACAAUGUUGUUAUCAUUGGGGGGGAAGAUUAUUCGAGGGAGAGGAGUAUUGGUUUGCAUGUAUUAAUUUAUUGUAUGCGUGAGAAGACCUUUUUUUAUCGCAAUCAAACUAUGCCUAUGGCUGGUCACGCUUCUUGGGUCACUAACUCGCUAGUCCAUUUCUUUGGCGGAUUUACCGAAAUGGGCAUUUCGCCUUUAGGCAUAGUGACUUGCAACCCCUUGAGUUAUACCACUAACAACAUGGCCUUUGUACACUACUUUCGUCUCAAUGAUGCGGAAGAGGAUGAAAACAAGGAAAAGGUUGGGGAUAAGGAGUCAGAAAAUAUAUUGGGGAGGAUGGUCAUCAACAAUUCUGAUCAAGAAGCAACUCUGGAUCCAGUGUUAUCUAUGCAGAUAGCGUACGCAGAGCCUGUAUUGACAUAUAUUUCUCGACCCCAGAGGUCAAGUGCCUUCAAAGCUAUGCAAGCGAUAAAGGAGGAUAUGGAGGUGCAUAAAAGGGCAGAAGAUAACAAGGAGCCCAUGGCCUAA